CGCUAUUUACAUGUAAACGAAAGGCGAGAAAUGAAAUAUAUGCGGUGGGACAUUAACUUGUGCAUUCGUUGCAACUGAUGAUUCAUCUCGUCCAUCUCUUUCUGAAGACUGCAAAGUGGAAGUGGUAUUUUAAAAGGAUAUCUCACGUAUCAUUUCCACACUUGGGUGAAAAGGUAAAUAUCUAUAAUUAUGUUUUAUAUUGUAGAUACUGUCAAAGCAUUUCUUGAGAAGAACAAAGUAGGAAAAUAUAAUGAAGAAGAUAUGAGAAAAAGAGUAGAAACGAAAAAAAAAGAAGAGAAAAAACGUGAGGAGGUAGAAGAACAUUUAAUCAGUCUAUGUAAAAUUGGAGAUCGCUGUGAGGUAUCUGUUCCAAAUCAACGAAAUCGAAGACCUACAGUUUUAUAUACGCUUCACUGCAAAAGUGCUGCCGGAGUUGCCAGAGUAGACAGUGAUAAGAAAACGCGCGGAGUGCAAAGGAUUAAAGAUGACUGGUGGACUGGUCUUAAGUACAAUGAAACUCUUGGCAAAAAUGAUGGAAGGUACAAGCAUAUAUUUAAUACCUCCUUAUACUAUACUAAUACAUAUCUCUUUCUUACUUAAUUUAAUUUGUGCUUAUUAUGUUUUCAUUAGGUCGGGUCUACAAUAGGUGUAACAAGCUUUUAGCUAUUUGGUCUAAGCUUUACCAAUCACUUCCCAUUUCAUUUCCUUUAUGUUGUGAUUUUUAUAAUAUUUAUUAUCUUUUGCAUACAAACAGGGAUUUGCUUGUAUAAUUGUUAUUAAAACUUCGUUAUCACCCAAGUACAACAAAAAAUCAUGAUGAUAUCAAAAUGACAAGAAAUGACCGAAUCAUGAUGAGAAAAAGAGUUUUUCUCAUCAUUUUGAUGUCAUUUUGAUGUCAUCGUGAUUUUCUGUUCUACCUGAGCAGUGUCAGCAACAUAUUCUUCGUUGUCGGACAUUUUGCCAAACCAGAUCGAAACGUGCGUGAAAACGUGUACAUGUGCCUAAAUAAUUUUUCUUAUUGGCUUAUCUUAUUUAUUACUGAGAGAAAUCGGCCUUAAGCUUUAAUUCCUAACUUCAAAAGUUUGGAUCUACCCAAUUUUACUGCCAGCGCUGAAAAUUUAUAGUUUACGUGACACAAACUAUAUAUUUUCAGUAUUGGCAGUGAAUAUCAGAACAUAGCCUAUAUUGUUGCCUAUGUUAUUGCAUUUUGAAUAAGGUAAGUUUUGGAAACAUCCCACGUUAGUUAUGCACAUUGUUCGAGCGUAUACUCUUAA